AUGGCAGCCGUCGAUACUCCAUACAUCCAUGAAGGCGGCAUCAAGCCGUACUUCGAACAGCAGAUCCAGGAUACAGAAAUCAAGAUCCAGACCACUACUCAAAACUUGAGGCGUUUGGAAGCUCAACGAAACAAGUUGAACAGCAAGGUGCGUCAGUUAAAGGACGAAUUGAGGCUUCUUCAGGAGCCUGGCUCCUAUGUCGGAGAGGUGGUGAAGGUUAUGGGCUUGAAGAAGGUGUUGGUGAAGAUACAUCCAGAAGGAAAGUACAUUGUGAAUGUCACAAAAGACAUCGAUAUCAAGAAGUUGACGCCCUCAUUGAGGGUUUGUCUUAAAUCUGACUCAUACGACUUGCACAAGAUCUUGCCUAACAAGGUGGAUCCGUUGGUGUCGUUGAUGAUGGUCGAGAAAGUUCCUGACUCUACUUACGACAUGGUAGGAGGCUUGGACAAGCAGAUCAAAGAAAUCAAGGAAGUGAUCGAGUUGCCCGUCAAGCACCCAGAGCUUUUCGAGAGUUUGGGUAUUGCGCAGCCGAAGGGUGUGAUUUUGUAUGGCCCACCGGGCACAGGUAAGACGCUUUUGGCCCGUUCGGUCGCUCACCACACGGACUGCCGGUUCAUCCGAGUGUCAGGUUCCGAGUUGGUGCAGAAGUAUAUCGGAGAGGGUUCUAGAAUGGUUCGUGAGCUUUUCGUUAUGGCUAGAGAGCAUGCUCCAUCCAUUAUCUUCAUGGACGAAAUCGACUCCAUUGGAUCUUCCAGAGUGGAGGGCUCGCUGGGCGGAGACUCCGAGGUGCAGAGAACCAUGUUGGAGCUUCUCAAUCAGUUGGACGGUUUCGAGUCUUCCAAGGAUAUUAAGAUCAUCAUGGCUACCAAUCGGUUGGACAUUUUGGAUCCAGCCUUGUUGAGACCAGGAAGAAUUGACCGUAAGAUCGAGUUCCCUGCGCCAACAGUUACUGCCAGAACCGACAUCUUGAAGAUUCACUCACGGUCGAUGAAUUUGACGCGUGGAAUUAACUUGAGAAAGAUCGCCGAAAAGAUGAACGGAUGCUCGGGUGCUGACGUGAAGGGUGUUUGCACGGAAGCAGGUAUGUACGCAUUGAGAGAAAGGAGAAUCCAUGUGACGCAGGAGGACUUCGAGUUGGCUGUGGCCAAGGUGAUGUCGAAGAACGACGAGGGUGCUGUGUCGUUGGCCAAGCUCUUCAAGUAG